GCUACAUGCAUCACCGUGACCAAUUUUCAACGUUUUCAACUCGUUUGCCAAGAGUCAACACACCCAGGGGUUAACCCAUCAUGAUAUCGCCUCUGCUCUGUGAAGAAGGUCCCAGUUGUGCACUUCUAUAUGACCAUAACCCCAAUUCUCCCAGCUGACUAUGUUCCGCCUUUGAAUCUUUCAUUGCUCAUUCGUCGAGAUUGAUGUUUGAUGUUACUAAUGACAUUUAAGCUGCAGGGUCACUAUCUUUUCUCCACGCUGUAGAGCAUUGUCACUGUUGUAUUUUACACUGCUUACUCUGUGCGAUCGUCCGCAAAGUCGCGUGCCGCAUCGCAUGUGGUUGCCCAUACCACCUCAGAUUAUCUCAUUCACUAUGAUGCACGUCAUUACCCUGAAUAUCAUCUGUCGUGUGUCGAAUCCCUUGAAGACUUAUGUUCUCGGCUUUCGUGAGCACUGCAGCCUUUGUCGUUUGUGCACUGAGCUGUUUGCAGGUUGGGUGUAGUUUGACGGCGAGUCGAUUGUGGUGGCUCACAGUAAGGUGUCCGUGUUAUCGUCUCUCCCUGUCUUUCAGGCAUCCAAUCAUAUCUACUGUGUCCUCCGCUAUAAUCGCAAAAUAUUUGUGCACUUUGAUGCCCCCCCCCUUCUGGUUCUUUGCGCUUCCCCUCCCCUCUCUGGUAGUCGCACCCACCACAGGGUCAUCCAAUUGUCCAUCCUCGUUCUCGUACUAAGACUGGUAAUGAUCUGGUAAUUCACAUUCGGGAGCACCUUUAUUCCUGCAGUCGGCUGGCUCUCAAAUCAUCAGCGGUCAUCAAUUCAUUUCCAAAGUGAAGACGAUAUCAUGUCGGGGCUUGGAGGGAUUUGUAGAGGCACAUCUGUUACAGACAGCCGGGUCUCCCCCACUUAUCAUAAGAGUCUGGAACCUGGACUUAGAGAGGAAGAGAAGAUCG